AUGUCAACCUGGAUGCUGGCCAGACAACUUACACGGUUGAGCCCCAUGGAAAAUCGGCGAACCCCAGACGAUUCAUUUGUCAUGCAACAUUGGCAGUGGAGUCUAGUCUUUUUCUUUUUUGCUCGUGGAGAUGGAGAUGGAGAGAGGACAUUGAAAGCCGACCGUGACCCGUCAGUAUCCAUCCAGUCAGAGACGCCCUUUGGGCUGCUUUCAGUGCUGUCCUCGGCUAUGGCUCCGGCCUUCAACUGCCCCGUUUCCAAACCUUCCAGGGCGUUUAGCAGCGAGCUUCACAGAUGUCGUUGGAAAGGUGUAGAAGUCAAUGGCCAGUGGGGUUUGUACGUAUUCGGUUUAGUGUCGCUUCUGGGUUUCACCGAAUCCGACACUCCGAGCGAUGGGGACGAUUCCAUUUUUUUGGGAGCUUCUCAGUCGCUCGCCAUCAUAUGA